UUUGUCCUGCUCCUUUUGUUCGGCUGAUCGCAGUUCACACAGGCAGAUUUUCGGCGUGCAAAAUGAUCUUUUGCGAUCGAUUUAGCUUGCUUUUCGUUCUUUUAAUAGUGCUUUUCUCGUGUGCUUCUUCUAAAAAGGAUGAUGAACUAGGUUGUCGUGUGGAAAACGGUGAACUAGUGGAUUGGUACUACGCUUACAAACUUCCGAAAGAACCUUCGGAACAUGAUUCCGUUUCCAACGGCCUGCGAUAUACGUACGUUUCCUCAAAGGAUGAAUGGGCGGCCAGCAUUCAGUGGCUUGUACCGCAGUACGACAUAAAUCACCCGGAAAGCGUUGCAGGCCGUACGAUCGCACCGGUACUGGCCGGCAAUUCGACGCUUCUCACAAUCCUGUACAACGAUGAACCUACGAAUGGGCCGACCGAUAUGGAACGAGGCCACACUAAAGGUGUCUUUAGUACGGAUGGCAAGACCGGUUUCUGGUUGAUACAUUCGGUGCCCAAAUUUCCACCGGAAAUUGGAACUGAGUACGGCUACCCGCAUACCGGUCAGCUGUACGGUCAGAGUUUUCUCUGCAUAACCCUAAAUGCGUCUCAGAUGGAAACCGUGGCCGGACAGUUCAUACACAACGAGUUGAACGUUUACUCGACCAGCAUCCCGAGCCGGUUAGCCGAUCGUUUUCCAACGUUCGCCAAGGUGGCCCGUAUGACGCCCUUUGAUCGAUCGCCGCCGUUUUACAGCCAAAAGACGAUCCAAUCACGUGCAGGAGUGGAGUUUGUAACCUUUGCAAAGAGUCGUGAGUUCGGCAAGGAACUGUACGCGGACUGGAUCGCACCGGCGUUGGAUGUGGGUCUAUUGGUCGAAAGCUGGCAGCACGGUGCCGGUAACCUGCCGAGUGAGUGUGUAGAGGACGGCGGCCGGCAUAGUGUACUGAAUGUGCGUGAGGUGCAGGUCGGUGGAAAGGCCAGCAAGGAUCGAUUCACGACGAUGAAAGACCACUCCAAGUGGGCCGUUGAUUUAACAGUGGCGGGCCGUUGGAUCUGCGUCGGAGACAUCAACCGGCAGGAGCAUCAGAAACAACGUGGCGGGGGUAGUGUUUGCAGGAUAUCGAAACCGAUCGCUUCACUGUACCGUGGAAUGGUGCUCGAUGUGCAACCGUGUCCGAAACCAGAUCGCAUAGAAGUAAAGCCUAUUAAGCGAGUGGUUAAAGAGAGACUUACUGAAUAAAGUAAAUUGUAGAGCAAAAGGUGCGUGCGAUUCUCGUUACAGUAGGCGCUUCUGUAGAAGUAGAUUCGUUGUAGUUUAGUACAAAGUAGGCCUUUUGUAGCGGAAAUCGGUGUUAGUUAGUGCAUGAAGUGUUUUUUUAUAUCAAGCGAUCCUUGUUCAACAAUCAACAA